AUGCCUGCACAGUACGACCCAGACGUGGAUAGUUGGUGGGGGAUCGUCCUCACAGAAUUGGGUUUCUUAGAUCCUUUCCGAGAGGAAGUGAGUGUUGAGAUCCUCAAAAACCUCUCCUAUCUCCUCGUGAAGUUCCUCUGCACCGUUGUUUUCGCCUUGUUCCUCUGGGUUUUGAGUUUAUGCAAUACCUACAAAAAUAUAAAGAAUCAGCGAGAUGAGGCGAGAGAAGACUCGAGAAAGGGGGCGUACGAGUGGUGUGAUCUCCACUUGAAGCUCAGAGACACGGAGAACGAGCUCUACCACGCGAACGAGAAGCUGCAAGACGCUGGCAGCGAUAUGAACGAAGAACGAAAAGGACUUCGCGACACCAUCCAGGGGCUGAAUGACCAACACCUGGUUUAUCAAGAAGAGAUCCGCUCUCUGGAACAAGAUGUGUGGAACACCGAGAGCGACCGUGAUGGGUACAGUAGGCAGGUGGUCCAGGUCUCAAAGGAGAAUGAGACGCUCAAGCGGGACUUGUCCAAAGGGAACAAUCAUCUUAGCCUGGCUCAGGCUGAAGUACAAACGCUCCAGGAGAACCUGUCCGAAGUGAGACGCCAACGUGACCUGGCUCAGGGUGAGAUACAAACGCUCAGCAUGCAGGUGGAGCCCCAGCAUGGACAGGCCACACCCGUCGUCGCAACGCUCAAAGCUCGACCCAAGCCCAAGCAUCGACGAACCCAACGACCGUCUUCAUUGCCGAAACCCCACAGAGAGCUCUUACUGAAGGGGUCUAAAGCCGCUGAAUCAAGUACAUCUUCGUCUGCGGGACCUACAUCGGCCCGGAAGCUCGUGAGCGAGAACCUUCCCAAAGAUAUGUCUCAGGCGAUGUUGGCAGAGAGGGGCCAAAAAGUCAAGGCCCUCAAGGAACCGAGUCAGACAUCAACUGUGCAGGCUGAUGCAGAAGCAGAGCAGACAGUCGGAGAGAAGACCCCAGAAGCACUUACACUGGAGGCAUCUAUAACGGCUAAAGAUCAGAAGAUCAAUGAUCUCGAACAAGAGAAAGAAACGUUGACUGCACAGAUUGGUGGGCUGCGUAUUGAUCUUGAGAAACUAAGCGACGAGCAUAACGAGCGCAGUGAGCCAUUCCACACGCAGUUAGCCGAGAAGGACGGAGAGAUUAGGAAACUUCAAGCUGAAAAGACCACGGCAGACAAGGAUUCAGCCGGGACUAUUGCUACUCUCCGGACAGAGCUGGGGGAGAAAGAGAAAGAAGUUGCAGAUCUUGAGGAGGCGAACGAGACAUUGGUCGCCGAGGCAGCUCCUUCUGCGGAUACUGUCCAGCGUCUGAACACAUUGAGUAAUGAGCUUGAGGAGUCUCGACUUGCUCGUGGCCAGUGUGAUGAGGAAUCGACUCGCCAGAAUUCCAGAAUUGACCAGCUGGCGACCGCAAAAGAGCAGCUGGAGGAAGUGCUUGAAGUCAGGGACCGCGAGAUUGGCAGUCUUCAGGGGCAAGUCACUCACUUUGACAGCGUGCUGAAAGAGCUACAAGAGAUACACGCGAAAUGUGGCGACCAUACGAAAACACAGGACCUGGAAAUCAUGCAACUUCGCAACGCAAGCGGACCACUCCAGGAUUCCAACAACAGCUUACUGCAACAGCUUGGAACAGCAAGAGCUCAACAUGCAAACCUGAUUGGAGAGGGUCAACAAGUGCAGAACCAGAAUAAAGCGUUGAUAGACUUGCAGUCAAGCAGCCAGAGGGAAAUCCGGUCGCUGCAAGGGCAAAUCGAGGCCUUGAAUCAGACGGUCGAUCAUCAGCAACAACGCAUUCAAAGUUUGGAAACCAACUGUCCAAACUGCCAGAAACUGAGAGAAGCUCUUGAUGAGCUCUUAAAAGACGCUAAAGUGUCUGACGACGCUGCUAGGGUCGAAAUGAGGAGAGAGGUUGAGGAGAGUGUCCGCGCGCAGCUGACAUCUCAAGUGGGAGAUGACCUUCGGCGGCAGAUUAGAGGCGAAGUCGAGCGUGAAGUGCGCGACGAGUUCCAAAAUCAUUACCGCGACGUGCUCGCACUCAAUACGAAGAGAAUCCGAGAGCAAAAUGCCCUGCUUUUGGAGAAGGAUGCAAAACUGGAGGAGGCCAAGAACGCUCCCACCAUUGAUCACGCAGCGUUUGAGAAGGAAGCCAACCUACAGUCAACCAUAAUUAAGUUGGAACAAAACGCGAAAAUAGCCAAAGCGAACAACUCUCGAUUGACUGGUGAAGCAAAACGUUACCGCCAGCAGUUUGAGCAAGCGCAGCCGGCUAUCGAGAAUCUGAGGAGCGAGCUUGAACAAAUCAAGGCAGAUCAGCGACGCGCUCAGAACGUUAAUCCUCUGCAGAGCCAACUCCUCACGUGUCAGCGUGAGUUGGAAAACAUGAAGGUGGAUCGGAACAAAGCUAGAGACAACUGCAGCACAUAUUCGAAACAACUUUCAAUCCUGAGGAAAGGAUACGAGGCAUUGGAGAAUGAGCUUAUAGCGUUCAGAGAGAAGAGCUCCAUGAAUAGCGACCGCACAAUGAACGACGGACGCACCGAAGAGCCUAUCGCGGUCCAAAAGGAGCAGCGGACGGCUGCCUCCGCCAGCGAUAAGAGCACAGAGCCUGCAUGCAAGCCUGCUCACAGAUUCGGUCGUCGACCUGACCGAAUCUGUGAGCACCAACCCACGAGGAAGCCCGUCCUCGGAGAAGGAGCAGGAGUGAAGAGAGAACAUGAUGAAUGCUCGGAUGGAGAGGCGGAUGACGAGGGGGACGAUGACCGAAAGAAGGCCAAGAUUGAGAGGGGAGGAUGUCUUGAAUAG